UUCCCUAAUGUCACUGGUUUCUGUGGUGCUGAACUUUGCAUAUAUCUAAUUCUUGUUCAGUUAUGUCAGGUAUAUAUUUGUGCUCCAUAUUAUUUCCUAUUUUAUCAGUUUCAUGGUUUUUAAAACUAUGUUGAAAAAAAAAUGUCCCCUGAUUAAAAAAAAAAAAAAAAAGCUCAGGGCUUUGGGUCAGAAGCAUGACUAUGGUCAAGAAAAGAGAGCUGUAUUACAUGAGAAAUUGAGGGGGUCGCAUAAUCUAUCAAAACUACUUUUUUAUUCCCGUUAUAAAUAGUUCCGUUCUUUAGCAAAAUGAUAUAUAGCCAUGCUUUAAAGUACAUAGGAUUAAAUUCAGUCUAUCGAUAACUUGUACUAUUUUGGGAAUCAGUCAGUCUUGAGUAACAGGAGUGUUUAUCUCCUUCGGGACCCUUAAGAAUUAAUUGAAUCAGAAAGAUUUAUUUUAAUUACAAGAGACAAUUUAAGUUUUUCCUUUGUCACAUUUUAGUUGUAAUAUGUUUAAAGUUAACAUCAGAAGUUUCAAUUCCUUGGCAUUACUAUUUGCUUUGGAAAAUGAUCCCUAGCUGCCUCUUUAUCCCUCAGAAAAAGAGUGAGAGAAUUUCUUGAUGUUUUACAUUGUAUGGGAUUUAGUUGGGAGAAUUUUAUGUAUUCUAAUUGGAAUUGUGUUAUUCACUCUAAUAUUCUUGAGGCUCUCCCGCGGCCAUAUUAAAGAAAUGCAGUAUUAUAUAGUGAUUUGAGCUUGGAUUGUGUCACCAAAUAGAUUUGUGCACAAAUUCUACCAUUUUACCAGUUGUGUGAACUUACUUCGUGUCACUGAAUUUCUCUGUGCUUUGAUGUUCUCAUUUGUAAAAUUAUAAUCAAACUGUUGUGAGGAUUGAUUGAAGGAGAUAGUAUGUGCAAAAUAGUCAAACAGCGACAGGCACACAGUAAGCACUCAUGAGUUUGGUGGUGACGUUACUGUGACAGCUAUAUUACCUCAAGGCGGUAUCCUAAAAUACUUGCAGUUAUCUUGAAGUAUUUAGGCACAGAAUGGAAAUUUAAAAUGUUCAUUGUCUAGCCUAAAUUUUAGUUUCUGGCAAAUCUAACUCAAAGUAGCAUUUUGUGGCUACAGCAAACCCAACAUUUUAAAUUACAGACUGUAGAAAAUUUGUAGAAAAAGGUUUUUCAUGUAUUCGUGUUUGUUAGGAACCCUAAUCUUUUUUGGAAGUAACCAGAAUGUAGAAUCCUAAUUGCUUGCCGUAUUUAAUAUUGUUCUUUUCACUCUCUAGUUCCCAUUUUCUCACUUUUGGUUAUUUUCUAUUCAUGGUAUUUUUCAGUCAUGCUCGUAUUUAAGUAUCUCUAAUACUGACAAUGCAUUUUAUGCAGAUGUGAUAGAAUAUUCUAAGUCAGCAUUUGUGAAUGUGUUUAAAAUGUGUUCAUGUGAGGUUUUUAGAGUUGAUCGGCCAAAUGAUGACCUUUGCUAAUGUGUUCUGGAUAUACUUUUCAAAAUCAAGAGACUCGAACUAAAGACACAGCUGUUUCCCACUGGGCUAGUCAUUUCACCUCCUAGAGUCUUGGUUGUCCCUCCUACAAAGUGAAAGUAGCAUUCACAGAGGAAAGAGACUGAGGUAGACGAUGUCUGGAGGACCCUUUUAGCUCUAGGAUCCGUGAUUCCCCAUGUAUUCUGGCAGCAGCACCUGUGAUGGUACAUGGUCUGGAUUGCCUGCUGCUGAUGGCCACUGAUGGCCACAUAGAGUGAGGUAGCUAGCACCGGAAAGUAUUUCUCUCCAGCGGUACAUAGUUAAGGAUCAUGGAAAAAAAAAUUUUUUUUUCUCUUUGCUUUAAACUGCAUGCAUCUUAAAUCUAGUUGGCUUAAAAUCUACUCACUCAAAAAUAGAUUUAUUUUAUUUAUAGGUGUCAUCCAACAGGACAGGGAUGAUGACCUGUUCAGGAGCUUGAAACAUUGAUUCCCUGUCACAGUUGAUGACAUUUUUGACAUCACUUGUUAGAAGAGCAACUCUGAAAGAAAACGAGCAAAUUCCAAAAUAUGAAAAGGUUCACAAUUUCAAGGUCCAUACAUUCAGAGGGCCACACUGGUGUGAAUACUGUGCCAAUUUCAUGUGGGGUCUUAUCGCUCAGGGAGUGAAAUGUGCAGACUGUGGUUUGAAUGUUCAUAAGCAGUGUUCCAAGAUGGUCCCAAACGACUGUAAGCCAGACUUGAAACAUGUCAAGAAGGUAUACAGUUGUGACCUUACCACUCUCGUGAAAGCCCGUGUCACCAAGCGGCCAAUGGUGGUGGACAUGUGCAUCAGGGAAAUUGAAUCCAGAGGUCUUAAUUCUGAAGGUCUGUAUCGAGUAUCAGGAUUCAGUGACUUAAUUGAAGAUGUCAAGAUGGCUUUUGACAGAGAUGGCGAGAAAGCGGAUAUUUCUGUGAACAUGUAUGAAGAUAUCAACAUUAUCACUGGUGCGCUGAAACUGUACUUCAGGGAUCUACCAAUUCCGCUCAUCACAUACGACGCCUACCCUAAGUUUAUAGAGUCCGCGAAAAUUAUGGAUCCCGAUGAGCAAUUAGAAACCCUUCACGAGGCACUGAAGCUCCUGCCGCCCGCUCACUGCGAAACCCUGCGGUACCUCAUGGCGCAUCUAAAGAGAGUGACCCUCCACGAAAAGGAGAAUCUUAUGAAUGCAGAGAACCUCGGCAUUGUUUUCGGCCCGACCCUUAUGAGAUCUCCAGAACUAGACGCGAUGGCCGCGUUGAACGAUAUACGAUACCAGAGACUGGUGGUGGAGCUGCUUAUCAAAAACGAAGACAUUUUAUUUUAAAUUUUAGUUUGCGGGGGGGGG